GCGCAGUCAAUUGUUUUUGUGACUUUGAAAGUAAAUGAAACCACCAAAUGCACUGAGAUAUGACUACGGUUCUGUUGUCAGUCGUCAGUCUGGUCUACCUAGGCACUAUGUCUGCUGCUGCAAUUACUUCCUUAGUGGAAGAUGUAAACAUUGGGGAUCCUGCGAUACUCAGUUGUACCAUAAAGGACAAGGUGAACGUGGAUUCUUCCAAUGUCGAAUGGAAAAUCUAUGAUCAGACUGUGGCUAAAUAUUCCAAUGGAAACUUCAUGUCAUACUGUGGCUUCAACGGCAGAGUAGACAUUCCGAGGCAAAAUAUUGAAAUGGGAAACCUAUCCCUUUUCAUGACUUACACCGUAUAUAAUGAUUAUGGUGUGUAUGAAUGUUAUUUUAAUGGCAUACAUCAACUCGAUGUCACCUUGCGGAUUAAGGCAACCAUUCCAAAGGAGCUAAUAGUGGAAGCUGGAUGUUCCAUCUGGAUUCCUUGUUACACAAGAAGGGAAAUGAGAUGUGUGGAAGGCCAAAGAGCAGUUGAUGCAAUCUCUUUUAAUUGGACGAAAGACAAUCAAAAUGUGUUUCAGAUGGUUAAGGGUGGCAGACGGAGACAAGGUGCAAGUGAAAAGGAAAGAGUGGGUGUGUUAAGUGAUAUAGACAAUGGAAAUCUAUCACUUGCCUUUCCCGAGGCAUAUUUUUCUGAUCAUGGGACCUACAGGUGCAGUGAGCAAAAGAAUGCCACUGUUCUCAAAAUAAGGGAUCACAAGAAGGAAAUUGAAGUUACUCUAGAAGAACCGAUACUCGCCCUGCACCUUUACACAGUUGAUCCUGCUGAUUUGUUCUUCCAGAGGGACAAUUCCAGCAUUCCUGUCCCAGUUUGCAAUAAUUAUUAUGACAAAUGUAAUCAGAACUGGCGAUAUAUCGACAAAGGACACAAAGUUGAACUGGACACUGUGACGAGGGACCAUUUAGGGAUAUAUACAGUGAGAGAUAAACACAGUAAUAAAACAUUGUGCAGUUACAUUGUAAGAAUGGCGGCACCUAAUAGAAGGCAGACCACGAAGGUGGAAAAAUCACAAAAUCUUGAAAGAAAAGAGUACCACAUGGACGUAAAAGUUUCAGUGAUUAUAUUUUUUGUUUUGCUUUUUUUUUGCUUUGGCAUGUAUACCAGUUGUAUGAAUUAUCAUGAGAGAAAGAGGGGCUCAAAAUGAGCUAGACCACAAGUGGGCCUACUACAGUGAGGUUUAGUAACUUAUGGGCUCCUUAACAAAGCAUGGUACACUGUGAUGAGUUGGUGAGUUGCGAUCUCUUCUGAAUGCAUGGGACACUGAAAUGGCCAGAGUACCUUAAGUGUAUCAUGUCUCGGCCGUGAGAGGGAGAGAUAAGAAGAGCUCUGCUCUGGUGGAGAAGAGGACGCGUCGCAGUCCACUAGGCUGGACAUGGACAGUCAGGUGAACUCAAGUUUUGCCCUGUGAGUGGGAAACCCGCUGGAGUCCCCAUACCGGCCAGAACUAGAAAAGAAAUGAACUCAUCAUUAACCAAUGAACUCACAUGAGCAGAGGUAAGAGCACUGACAGGCUGACAGUCAGGGCUGGACUGGGUGAAACAAAUCGGGUAUUUUCAGUCAAGACUGAUCCACCAGGCAUUGAGAAAAGAAAUGAAGCCUGUGACUGGCAAAAUUGGUUGUUGUUGGUUGUGGCGGGGCUGCUGUACUGUAUUGUACUGUACUGUAUUUUACUUGUAUGUUUUCUUACCUGCCCAGGGACUGCAGAUGGAAAUGAGCUUUUAAGAUAUAAUCUGGUGCAGGUCAUCUUUUUACUAUGUAAUUAAUGUACUUGGGACAUGUGUA